AUGGACAAGAUUAAAUCAUCACCAUAUUACCUACCAAAUCCAAACGGACAAAUCAAGAGUGCAUCACCUCCAUCCUCAGCUAUUGUAUUCGAUAUCAAUCAAGCAAUGCUUGACGAAGGAAAGAAAAGAGCUAUUAAAUUAGGAUACAGUGAUUCUACAGAUCCAUCGAUUGAUUGGGUACAAGGUAAUUCCGAACAUCUACCAUUCCAAUCAGAUACAUUCAAUUGCUAUACAAUUUCAUUUGGUAUUCGUAAUGUUACAAACAUCGAUGCAGCACUUGCAGAGGCACAUCGUGUAUUGAAGAAGGGAGGUCGUUUCAUGUGUUUGGAGUUCAGUCACAUUCCAAACCCACUGCUGAGCUAUGCUUACGAUACUUAUUCAUUCAAUGUGAUUCCAGUGAUGGGUCAACUGAUUGCUGGUGAUCGUGAUAGCUAUCAAUACUUGGUAGAGAGCAUCAGAAAGUUCCCAAAGCAAGAGGAAUUCGCCGAGAAGAUUAGAAAGGCUGGUUUUAAACAAGUGACAUAUAAGAAUUUAACUUUUGGUGUUUGUGCAAUUCAUUCUGGUUGGAAACUAUAA